CAUGUGUUAGACGAUGGGGGUGUCGGCAGACAGAAGGUGCAGUGUUGUGACUCUCCGAGACGAUCAUCAGCGCCGACGUGAAAUUGUAUUUUGUAUUCUUCCAGCACACGCACGCCAGAUUUUACCAUGGAAUGUCAUAUCCCGGUAUCUCGUUGGCUGUGCUUGCAACCUCUGAAAUAAUGCUCACUGAAUGUAUAUUGUAGAGAACCCUGGAGAGCUGGGUUCCGUUGUCCAUAAAGGACAGUGACCUUCCAGCUGUGAUGGAGGCAGAAGGUUUACAAUGGUUUGUGGCCUCUUUAUACCGGCUGGUGUCCUGGGGGGCAUCUGCUGCCAUGAUCUUUGGAGGCAUUGUGCCAUAUAUCCCCCAGUACAGAGACAUUAGAAGAACACAGAAUGCAGAGGGGUUCUCCACUUACGUUUGCCUUAUGCUGUUGGUAGCCAAUAUAUUACGAAUACUGUUUUGGUUUGGGCGCCAUUUUGAAUCCCCCCUCCUAUGGCAAAGCAUAAUUAUGAUUGUUACAAUGCUGCUUAUGUUGAAACUAUGCACAGAGGUGCGUGUGGCUAAUGAUUUGAAUACCAAACGUCGCUCCUUUACAGAUAGUAAGGAUGAAGAUCUCAAAACUCAUCCCAAGAGAUGCUUUCUGGAUUUUGAUGUGAACUUCUUUUGGCACUGGAGCAGAUUCGCAGACUAUGUCCAAUGUGUGCUGGCUUUCACCGGUGUCAUUGGAUACAUCACUUAUCUCUCCCUGGACUCUGUACUCUAUGUAGAGACCCUGGGAUUCCUAGCCGUGUUCACAGAGGCCAUGCUUGGAGUUCCUCAGCUUUACAGGAAUCACCAGAACAACUCCACAGAGGGAAUGAGCAUCAAAAUGGUGUUGAUGUGGACGAGUGGAGAUACAUUCAAGACUGUUUACUUUGUUCUGAACCAAGCUCCUAUCCAGUUCACCAUCUGUGGCCUGCUGCAGGUAGUAGUAGACAUAACUAUACUACUCCAGGUUUAUCUGUACAGCGGCUACCAUCAGAAACCCAUCCUGCACCCCACACAUGCCGGCAGUGCCAAAGUUCUCUGACCAAAUGGAUAUCUACUACCUACGACGUGCUUCCUGGUGUUACACUUGCACAUGCUUCUGCGCCAACAGUAUACAUAUCUGCUCCAAAAAUUAUCGUCAAGAGGCUUGUUCAGUGCACAUCCCGAACAGAGGAUACUUUUUGUUAUAUUAUGUUUUUGUUCCUUCGUUUUGAUAAGUUACUGAUAGACCCUCUCUACUUACUGCAUUUUCAUGAUUGUACACAACUUUAGGAAUAAAGUGGAUCUGUCAUUAUAUUGUAUGUAAA